AUGGCUCUAUACUUCCUUUAUCCCGCCGUGGCCGCCAUCGCCCUGUUCAUCGUAGGCGUGAUCAUUGUCAUGCUGCGCUAUGGACCCCGUUUGUGCGGUCUGCGCCACCAUGCGUUGCCGGACGACGACGACCUGCGGGGGAAGACGUACGAGCAUGAGAUUAGCUAUGCUUAAUCUCCUUCCGGGGUGUCCCAGAAACUUCCUCCAACCAAAAGUGCCCCAGAAACCGCUUCACAUUUCAGUAAAUAUUUUAGGAUCAACAGAAUAGUAGGCUUGUUUCUAUAGUCCGAGUUCUGGGGCACAACAAAUUUUUCUUUGAAAUUUUUUCAACAAACAUCCGCAAAAAUAAUUUAAGAUUUAUGGACACUCCUCUUUAUAAUUUACAUACUUCUUACACCAGCCGGCAAUGUUACGAAUUGCUUCUUAUAUAUCUCCCUAAAACUAAUCCUAGCUGCUGUAAGACCCCACUAACCCUUCUGCACCCAACAACCAUAAUUAUUUUGCAUGCAGUACAAAUAGCUUCAUUAGCAACUAGUUCUGUUCGAGCCGUUUCCAUUCCAUUAAUCACAAUCAGACAAUGUGCCUUCAAUGUAGAGACUCGUGAGAAAAUUAUACCGUCCAAGUGUCUUUUAGUGCCGUAAGAUCGAACUGUAUUUAAAUGUAAUGGUUUAUACCCUUUUUGGGUAGUCUACAGAUGCUGCAUUUAAUGUUGUCCAAUAUUUUUAUAAAACAUAUCAGUGUCUUGCAACUACAACAGUUAAUGCAAACUCUAUACAUUUGUAUUCGUCCAUUUAGUUUUCUAAUAUUGUAUUCUGAAAUGACAUCAAAUAAAGCUUCAAGUUACGGCAAAUAAAA